AGAUUUUGUUAAACAAUGGUUUACGGAAAAAAAAUUGGCGCGAAGGUUCAUGUUUCCGUUGAAAUGCAGCUCACAACCCUUUGCAACCUAACCCAAACGGGUCGUUAAAGGCACUGCUUCCGGCCUAGCUUACUUCCGCUGUGACGUGAAAUCUGUGCGUAAAAUCAGAAGUGUUUGCAUUCCUUACUUCAAGACUUAUAAGUUUUCAGUUUAAUAUUCUUUUAAUUUGAAACCACGUGAGUGAAAUCCUCCAGCUGCCGACGGAACCUAGCAUGUAUCGUGGUAGUCUAAGCCAUUUAGGUGUUGCAUUCCUGGGUACUGAAAAGAAGAUUGGCGAAGAGGCGACUCACCCGUUCUCCUCAGACGACACCACCUGGAGAUAUGCGAUUCUGCGGAAAUAUGACAACGGCCUCAAUGACAAAAUGUCACGGUUUAUCCGUGUGUUUCUGGAAAAUCCAAAAUCCGAUUCAGGCUGGGAUUCCGUGCAAUACAGGGAUCACGUUGAGGAGAACGACAUCCCUCAGAAAUUGGCUAUGAGCGCUAAUUCUGGUAGCGGUGAACGGUUUCGCCGAGCUAACAGAGAUCGGCGGGGUGAUGCAAUCGGUGGCAAUUGGUGGCUGCAAGGGCUGAGGAAGCCGCAUUUACCUUCUCCUCGACGAAGACCUUGUGAGUCCAUUUUUGCAGAUUAA